AUGGCCACUCCGCAGUCGACAACGUCGUACGAGGGCUCCGGCUCCAAGAAGCUGGAGCAAAUCACCUUCCGAUUCUGCUCGGAAUGCUCCAACAUGCUGUACCCCAAGGAGGAUGAAGACGCCCACAAGCUGCAGUUUACCUGCCGAACCUGCCAAUACACCGAGGCAGCCCAGUCGACCUGUGUCUUCCGCAACGUCCUGAACAAUUCGGCCGGCGAGACGGCCGGCGUGACCCAGGACGUUGGAUCUGACCCGACGCUUCCUCGGUCGAACAAGACGUGCCCCAGAUGCAACCACGAAGAAGCGGUGUUUUUUCAGUCUCAGGAGCGAAGUGCCGAAACUGGCAUGAAACUGUUUUACGUCUGCUGCGAAUGCGGUUUUAUUUUCGGCUAG